UAAAAACCUAUGAUUAUUUUCAUUGAAGAUAGAAAUCAAAAUAGUUAGUUUUAGUAAUAUUAUAUUACCUAAUUUAUUUUUAAGGAUAGACAGUCCUAUAAUGUAUUGUUAUGGUAUAUUUGAAGUAAGAAACUUAUAAUUUGAUAAUGUAAUAUUCUUCUUGAGUAUUUUUAAAAAGAAAAUAAUAAAGUUAUUGUAUGAGAAAAUUUGA